AUGUGGAUGCUUACCCUAAUUCAGCUCCUUUCUCUCGUAGGAGUGAUCCAAGCCGGAUAUCCUCCUACACCAACAGGCUUGACGGUCAUCAAUUCGAAGUUCCUCCCGGGAGUCAAUAUCACCUAUAAGAAAGUGAAGGAGAGUAUUUGUGACGGGAAAGCGGCGUCGUACGCCGGUUACGUCAAUUUUCCACCCAGUGCUAUGACCGGCGUGGACCAGACGUACCCGGUCAACCUCUUCUUCUGGUACUUCGAAUCUCAAAACAAACCACAAGAAAAUCCGCUGUCUAUUUGGUUCAAUGGCGGACCAGGUUCUGCCUCCGUUUUCGGCUUGUUUGCCGAGAAUGGGCCGUGCCAUGUCCUCAAUGAUUCCAAGACAUCGGUGCCAAACAACUACUCCUGGAAUAAAUAUUCUAACAUGCUGUAUGUCGACCAGCCUGUGCAGGCAGGGUUCAGCUAUGAUGUGAUAACCAAGGGGUACAUGGACCUGGAAACGGCGUCCAUUUAUGCUGGGGAAGUACCCAACAACAGUACGACGAAAAUCGCAGGAUUGUUCGCGAGCCAGAAUAUAAGCAAUACGGCGAAUACCACGGAGAAUGCGGCAAGGCAGUUCUGGUACUUUCUUGAAACUUGGGCACAGGACUUUGACAGGUAUACCAACAAUCGGCAAAACUUCGCUAUCAACAUCUGGACGGAGUCGUACGGGGGCCGGUAUGGCCCAGCUUUCGCGAGGUAUAUCAAGGAGAGGAAUGCAGAGAUUCAAGCUAAUUCCACCAAGGGCAAAGUACUGGCUCUGGAAAAUCUGGGUGUCAUCAACGGCUGCAUUGACUUGCCGCUUCAAGAGUAUUCGUUCCCGAUAAUGGCAUUCAACAAUUCCUACGGGAUACAGGCAGUAAAUGAGUCGGUUCACAACCAAAUGCAAUCAAGUCUCGAACCUUGUCUCCAAAGGACCUCUGAGUGUCAAAACGUCGCGAAAAAAUUAGAUCCCGAAGCCCUCGGUAAUAAUGACGAGGUUAACUGGGCGUGUAGCAACGCCAGCGACUUCUGUCAGACUGCCGUCGAGUUUCCUUUUAUCAGUGAAAACAAAUACGGCUAUUACGAUAUAGCCCACUGCUACCUGGAUCCAUUCCCGGCCGAGUACUAUGACGGAUAUCUGGCACUUCCAGACGUGGCUCUGGUAUACGGCGAUCGAGACUUUGCAUGCAACUGGAUUGGAGGCGAAAAGGUCAGUCUCGCCGUCGAGUCCAAUUAUUCUGCCGGCUUCCGGGCAGCUGGCUAUGCGGACAUCCAGCUCGAAGGCUCAGGGAACUCCAGCAAGUCUUGGGGAGUGGUCCGCCAGUACGGAAACUACUCAUUCAGUAGAAUCUACCAGUCAGGCCACAUGGUCCCCGCCUACCAGCCUGAGCUGGCGCUUGAGUUCUUCCGUCGUGUGCUGACCAGCCGAGAUUUCGCGACGGGAGAGGUCGAUUUGGUCGCCAACCCGCACUAUGCGACCAAGGGCCAAAACGCGUCGACGCACAGCAAAAAACCGACUCCUUCGCCGAGCCCGACGUGCUAUUACUGGUUCAUGCCGAGCACAUGCGCGCAGAACCAGAUCGAGGCCGUCAAGCUCGGGCAGGCCUUGUUCGAAAACGACUAUAUUAUCACGUCUCCCACUGCUCCGCCUGAAACAUGUCCGCCGCAGAGCAAGUAA